AUGUCUUUCUCUAAGAUGGUCGUUGUGGCUAGUGCCGCUUUCAUCUCUAGUGUUGCAGCACAUGGACGUGUUCAAGGUAUCGUCGCCGAUGGCGUCUGGUACGAAGGUUACAAUCCAUCUUUCCAAUAUGAACAAGUCGCUCCAGUCGUUGCUGGGUGGUCCGAUCCAGAUGAUUUGAGCAAUGGAUUUAUUUCACCAGAUGCUUAUGGUACAUCUGAUAUCAUUUGUCAUUUGAGCGCUACCAAUGCUAAAGGAUAUGUCAAUGUUACUGCCGGCACGGAGGUAAACUUGCAAUGGACUACUUGGCCAUCAUCUCACCACGGACCAGUUCUUGACUACCUCGCGGCAUGUACCGGAAAUGAUUGCACAACCGUAGACAAAACCACGCUCAAAUUCUUCAAAAUAGAUGGCGUGGGUCUUAUCGACGAUACCACCAUUCCAGGUACAUGGGCAUCAGAUCAACUCAUCGAAAAUAAUUCCUCCUGGUCUGUGACCAUCCCAGAAUCACUAGCGCCAGGAGGCUACGUUCUUCGCCACGAAAUCAUUGCUCUUCAUUCCGCCGAGCAAGCAGAUGGUGCACAAAACUACCCACAAUGCGUUAACCUCUGGGUAUCGGGAACCGGAACGACCACCCCAGCAGACUCAGAUACCACUCUGGGCACUGCUCUCUAUUCUGAGAAUGGACCGGGUAUAAGCGCUAAUAUUUAUGCUUCUAUCGCUUCAUAUGUGGUUCCUGGUCCUACUCAAUGGGUUUCCGCUACUGCUUCUGUUUCUCAAGGUACAUCUGGAGCAGUAGCCACUGGAGCCGCACCCGUUUCAUCAUCAAAGGCUUCCUCUGGAAUUGCAUCAAGCGCCUCAACUUCCGCUGCUGUUAUUGCUUCUACUUCUGCUCAAUCCCCUACUACUACAGCAAUUGUUGCAUCCUCUUCUUCUUCUUCUAGCAAAAAAUCUUGCUCUAAAAAAGUCUCUGCUACAUCGGCUAUUUCGGCGGUUGUUACUACAGCACCGCUUCCUACUGCUGCGUCGAAUGUUGUUACGGAUAUGAUUACGGAUUAUGUUACGGUUACUGAUGUUGUGACUGUUACUGUUACUGCUUGA